CCGACUUCGCUAUCUCGCCAACGGUACUCUUGAAAUUGCUCAACAUGUUCCGCACAGCACUCCUCAGGUCCGCAAGGUCCGCUGUCCGCGCCGCACCACGAUGCCAGGCCGCAAUGGCUCGCCCCGCUGCGCGCAGCUCCUUCGUCCAGCCCAAGCAAACCACCCCCUCCGUAUACUUCCAGGCUGUACGAUGCUACGCCGCAAGCGCUGGUCUGUCGCGCGAUGAGGUCACUGGCAGGAUAAUGGACCUUUUGAAGAACUUCGACAAGGUCACCGACGCCUCCAAGCUCAACGCCGAGUCCCACUUCCACAACGACCUUGGUCUUGACAGUCUGGAUACCGUAGAAGUAGUCAUGGCAAUUGAGGAGGAGUUCAGCAUUGAGAUUCCCGACAAGGAGGCCGAUGCUAUCCACAGCGUCAAGCAGGCAGUCGAGUACAUUCUUGCCCAGCCCGAUGCGCACUAGAUGAUAUCCAAAGCCUGGGUACUGAGUCGGGGAGGAAGGACGUGGACUGGGUUGUCGGUUGUGCCGGUAUUGCUAUGUAUAUGCCUCGUUGUAAAAACAGUCGCCGGGGUCGGCAGCGUGUACUUCUGAUAGAAUUGACGGUAUCCACCUCCACAUGUUUUGAGU